UGAAUUUUCCUACCUGGCGGUCACUUUCCUUUCACCCCCUAGGAGCAAACACAAACACCCAGACCCGCUUCCGGUUUCGGUUACGGAAGCGUUCUCGGAGCCAAUGCAGGCAGGACACGUGACAAAACAAUCCCGGCAGGCCUCGUUUUCAUGGGUUGAGAACUCCGGUUCCGCCCCCCUGUGUCAUUCUGCGCCUGCGCGAGCGGAGUCGGCCUUCGUCUCCAUGGCAAUGACUGUUGGGGGUCCGGGAUUUGGGAGUGAGAACAUAUUUGAAUAUUUCCUUAAAAAUAAACAGAUUAAAUCAGAAGAUGGAGCUGAAAUCAUCUGGUAUCAUGCAGCUAACCAUAAGUCACAAAUGAAAGAGGCACUAAAAAGUGGUGCUCACAUGAUAGAGGCAGAUAUCCUCCUUUCCUGUGAUGAAUCAGAACAUGGACAGCCAAUAAUGGCUCAUCCUCCUGAAAUAAACAGUGAUAACACUCUCCAGGAGUGGCUAAGUGAAGUUUUAAAAACCAAUAAAGGCAUCAAACUUGAUUUUAAAAGUCUGGCAGCAGUGAAGCCAUCCAUGAUACUUCUGGAAAAUGUUAAGAUACAUCUGAAUCGUCCUGUGUGGAUUAAUGCCGAUAUACUUCCUGGUCCCAAGGGGAAAAACAAUGAGUUGGAUGCAAAGAAAUUUCUAGACACCGUGACAUCCUUCUUCCCAGAUGUGACUUUGUCCCUGGGCUGGACAACUGGGUGGUACCCUAAUCAAGUUAAUGAAGGCUACAGCUGGACAAUGGUAAAAGAUAUGGAAUAUAUAUGUAAUAAACUAAGUCAGCCUGUAACAUUUCCUGUCAGAGCAGCAUUAGUUAGGCAGUCUUAUCAUCAGUUGCUUUGGCUGGUAGAGCAAUCAAAUAGGUACAGUCUGACUAUUUGGACAGGAAAAGAUGAUAAAUAUCCCAUUGAAGAUUUGCUCUAUAUCAGAAAACACUUUGGGAAGAAGCAAAUUUUCUAUGAUAUCUUAGAACCACAAAACCAAGAAUUCAAACAAGCUAUUGGAAUAGAAACUGAAAAAUAGAAGGAGAUCUUAUAAACUGUUUCAUACAUUCUUCUUUCAUAUACCUAAUUUGCUUUGGACUUAAAAAAAAAAAACAACCUGAAUUACUUUGUAUGUUACAGUUACAGAUUGUUAUGCUUUACAGGUUUGUCUCUUGAUGGCUCCAUUGUUGCUGAGGUGUUUUGGUUGCGUCUGACUCUUCGUUACCCCGUUUGAGGUUUUCUUGGCAAAGAUACUGGAGUGGUUUGCCAUUUCUUUCUCC